AAACUUCCCAAAAUUAUCCGACAAAGAGAGAGAAGUGAAGGUUGUGAGAAUCUGAGUAAAGAGCGAGUGAAAGUGGGAGUUGUUAGACACAUCAAUUUUUGUUCUCUCAUUGAGAAUUUCAAUCAAAUUCCUCAAUUUCAUUCUUGUCCAGAUUUUAAGCCUUGAUUUGAAAGAUACCCAAUUGACGAAAAUUGGUUAUUUGUUUGUGAUCCCAGAAACGGGAAACCCAAUUUGUUGAAUUCUCCAAGUUUCAAUUUAUUCUUUUGAUUCUUCAUGUUUUUCAGAGUGAAAACUGAAGGUUGGUUAGCAUUGACAUGCUGAAUGUUGCUUCCCAUUAGUAGGAUAGUGAUGAAUUCUACAAUGGAUGACAUGAAUUUGAUUCAACAAAGGCAUCACAUGGUUGUUAGAGAACUCGCGGUCGGAGAAGAAAUAGACUUGGAGAUUGGUGCUGGAGACGAUGAUCCAUCAUUCGCAAAUGUUGCUCUUAUAAGUGCUCCACGUGAGUCCUCAGUCGAGGAGCAAGACGAGACAAAGCAAAUACAAAUGAUGGCUCCUCUCCAAAUAGAUAAUCAAGACAUGUCAAAAGAUCAACCAAUUAAAAAAAAGAAAAAGGUUGUAAAACGAUGGAGAGAGGAAUGGGCGGAUACCUACAAAUGGGCGUAUGUUGAUGUAAAGGAUGGGACUGCAAGGAUUUUCUGUUCUGUUUGUCGAGAGUAUGGGAGGAAGCAUAGGAGGAACCCUUAUGGAAAUGAAGGUAGUAGAAAUAUGCAGAUGAGUGCUUUAGAAGAGCAUAACAAUAGCUUGUUACACAAAGAGGCUGUUCGGCUACAAAUGGCUUCUAAGGAUAAGAUUGUUGUUGAUAAACCCAUUUAUGUAAAAGCUCUGAUGUCAAAAACAGCUGGAUCAAUUGUGGAAGCUGCUUUGAAAAGAGAUCCUCACGAGCCGGAGUUUAUUCAGUCUGUACAAGAAGCAGUACAUUCUAUCGAAAGAGUGAUUGGAAAGAAUUCUCAUUAUGUUAAUAUCAUGGAACGAUUGCUUGAACCUGAACGUACCCUUAUUUUCCGGGUUCCAUGGAUUGAUGACCGGGGUGAGACGCAUGUUAAUCGAGGAUUCCGGGUGCAGUUUAAUCAAGCACUGGGUCCAUGUAGGGGAGGAAUUCGUUUUCAUCCAUCAAUGAAUUUAAGUAUCGCCAAGUUUCUUGCUUUUGAGCAGACUCUGAAGAAUGCUUUAUCACCAUACAAACUGGGAGGGGCAUCUGGUGGGAGUGAUUUUGAUCCGAAAGGGAAAAGUGAUAAUGAGAUCAUGCGCUUUUGCCAAAGUUUCAUCAAUGAGCUGUAUCGGUACUUGGGUCCUGAUCAGGAUCUACCUUCAGAAGAAAUGGGUGUUGGUGCUCGUGAAAUGGGCUAUCUUUUUGGGCAGUACAGACGCGUUGCUGGUCAUUUUCAGGGAAGUUUUACAGGUUCACGUGUUUUCUGGUCUGGCUCUAGCCUACGUACAGAAGCUACUGGCUAUGGAUUGGUUUUCUUUGCUCAACUCAUCUUAGGAGACUCAAACAGAGAAUUGAAGGGAUUAAGGUGUGUGGUAAGUGGCUCUGGAAAAAUUGCAUUCCAUGUCAUUGAAAAGCUACUUGGUUAUGGUGCCAUCCCUAUCACAGUUUCAGAUUCAAAAGGAUACUUGGUAGAUGAAGAUGGCUUUGACUUUAUGAAGAUUCAGUUUCUCAGGGAUAUUAAAGCUCAACAAAGAAGCUUGAGGGAUUAUUCUAAGACAUAUGCCCGAUCAAAAUAUUAUGAUGAAGCAAAGCCUUGGACUGAGAGGUGUGAUGUUGCAUUUCCUUGUGCUACGCAAAACGAAAUAGAUCAAUCUGACGCCCUUAGUUUGGUCAAUUCUGGUUGCCGUCUACUAGUGGAAGGUUCUGUCAUGCCUUGUACCCCUGAAGCUGUAGAUGUCCUAAGGAAAGCCAAUGUUGUAAUUGCACCAGCAAUGGCUGCUGGUGCUGGAGGGGUUGCAGCUGGAGAACUUGAACUAAAUCAUGAGUCCAAUCUAAUGCAAUGGUCCCCGGAAGACUUUGAAUCGAAGUUACAGGAUGCUAUGAAACAGACAUAUCAGAGAGCUUUAAAGGCAGCAACUGACCUUGGAUACGACAAAGAAAGUCCCGAGGUUUUGGUGCAUGGAGCUGCCAUUGCUGCAUUUUUAACGAUCACGCAAGGUAUGACGGAUCAGGGUUGUGUGUGAAUUAAGAUACAAGACAAGCCACUGGUUGCUUCCCGAUGACUUUACUCUUCGUCUGCAUAUGCCUGAUGAUAUGUUGCCAUAUUUUAAGUACAUUUUUCGUCUUUCAAAGAAAGCGGAAAAUUAUCAAGAUCUGAUGUUGCUGCAAAUCUUUCGGUACUAUGCUCGAAAACGUUGUAACAUACAUGUAAUUGAUACCAUAGUUUUGAACUGUAGGUAGAAGUAGGAUCUUGGAAAAGGAUCAGAUGGGAGAUGUUUAACCAUUUGUUCAAUUUGUAAUUGAUGUGUAAAUGGUGUACUUUUCAUAUUAAUUGCUUUAGUGUUGGAUGAGAAUGUAAAUUACUUGUAGACAAAGCUAAUGAAUUGUAGAAAGUUGAUUAUUUAUUCUUUUUAUUUUGCAAUAUUUUUAAAG